AUGGCUAUUAGAGCAAUCCUAGCUCAAGCUAAAAAUACUCACAAGAAGAUUUUGGCUAUGAAUGUAAGUUCAUUCAAUGAGUUAGGGAAGUUGGCUUGGUUUGAUUGUUUAAAGCUUUAUGAAGAUGCGUUGUAUCAAUUUAACAAGUCUAUUAAUAAUGGCCAUAAGAGUAAUGAUGUUCAAACAUGGCUAAGUGCAGCUAUGGCUAAUCUUCAAACGUGCUUAAAUGGAUUCCACGAUUUCAAAUUAUCAUCAUAUUUGGAGAAAAUUCCCUUUGUCAUGUUGGAUGAUUUCUUCAAAAACGUUUGCAAUUCUCUUGCCAUAAACAAAUUAGCCUCAACGAGUCAAGUGAUGCUGGAAAAUCAUACUCAAAAAUUAGGUAAGAAUGUUAUAUUGCAUGCAUAGAUUCCAGAGUGGCUUUCUGUGCAAGAAAUUACAUCGAUAGAGGCCGAUGUCGUGGUGGCUAAAGAUGGUUCUGGGAAUUAUAGUACUAUUUCAGAAGCUUUGAGUGCAGUAAAGAGGAUGAGGAAUAAUGGGACAGAAAGAUUUGUGAUAUAUGUGAAAAGUGGUAUUUAUCAAGAGUAUGUGAAGAUCAAUAAAUCAAUGAACAAUUUGAUGUUUGUUGGAGAUGGGAUUGAUGUUACUGUUAUCACUGGCAAUAGAAGUAAUCGUACUGGCUUUACCACUUUUCGUUCAGCAACUUUUGAUGUUUCUGGAGGAGGCUUCAUUGCUAAGGAUAUAACCUUCGAAAAUACUGCUGGGCCUGAACAAGGCCAAGCAGUUGCUCUUCGUAGCGACUCCGAUUUAUCGGUAUUUCAUCGUUGCAGUUUUAAAGGAUAUCAAGACACCUUAUAUGUACAUACACAUCGACAAUUUUAUCGCGAUUGUGACAUAUAUGGGACAGUCGAUUUCAUAUUUGGCGAUGCAACUGCGGUGUUUCAAAAUUGCAAUAUUUACAUAAGAAAGCCAAAUGAAGGCCAGGUAAAUACUAUCACAGCCCAAGGUAAAAAAUGCCCUUAUGAAAACACUGGAAUUAUAAUACAUAAUUCUAUUGUAACAGCUUCACCAGAAUUAAGUCCUGUGGAAGGUUUAUUUAAGAGUUAUCUUGGUAGGCCAUGGAGGCAAUAUUCAACAACAUUGUUUAUAAAAACUUAUAUUGAUGGCCUAAUUGAUUCCACUGGUUGGUUACCAUGGAAUGGAGAUUUUGCAUUAAAUACUUUGUUCUAUGGUGAGUACAAUAACACUGGAGCUGGUGCACCUACUAGUAGUAGGGUCAGUUGGUCCGGAUACCACGUUAUAACGAAUGUUAUCGAGGUUGAAAAAUUCUCCGUUCGAAACUUCUUGGAUGGAGACACGUGGCUUCCGGCUACUGGAAUUCCCUACACAUCUGACCUCUAG